AUCAUUCAGUUGGUUCGUAAACCUUUCUUCUGGCGGUUGUUCUAUUUUUUGUUUAGUUUACAUCGAUUAAAAAAAUGAUCGGGGACUAUUUACUUUAAAAUUUAUUCAUUUAACGGUUAUGUAAUAAAGUAUAUAUUAAAAUAAGAAACAAAAAACUAUGAUUUUAACAUCGAAUAUUGUGACCAUUGGUCUCGGUUUGGGUCUAACCGCGUUUACGGUGGCUACAAUUGUUUUAGCAGUUCAAAAGGGAAAUUUGAUAAACGACUUAAAUGAUGCUCAGGAAAAACUUGAUCUUUUGGAGGAGGAAAUCAAACACACUUCAACAACACCAAUUACAACGUCCACAACUACACCGAGUCCAACGACUCAACCACCUAAACCUGCCAUAAACUACCGACUUCCUGGAGAUAUUCUACCAAAACACUAUGAUCUCUAUCUUUAUCCCCAUGAAAAUUUGGGUGAAUUUUCGGGACAAGAAACCAUCGAUUUGAAAAUUGUCAAAUCAACCCAAACAAUAAUUCUCCAUGUCAAAGAUUUAAAUAUAAAUUAUGUUUCACUGAUAAAUGUUCCCAGUAGUAAUACUGUCACUUCUUUCGAAUUGGACAAAGAACGUGAGUUCUUAAUUGUUCAUACUUCCGAGAUAAUACCUGAAGGAAGCAACGUAUCCUUACUCAUUCUCUUCGACGGCCAGAUGGAGGGAAAAAUUGUUGGAUUAUACAGCAGUAGUUAUACCAAGGAAGAUGGAAGUUUGAAAACUAUAGCUACAUCAAAAUUCGAACCAACUUAUGCUCGUCAGGCUUUCCCAUGUUUUGAUGAACCCGCAAUGAAGGCAACCUACAAUAUUACUCUGGCAUACCCAGCUGAUCAAGAUUACCAUGCUCUGUCGAACAUGAACGAAUUGGAAACUAAAAAUCUCGGAAGUCUUAAGGAAACUACAUUCAACCAAAGUGUUCCAAUGAGCACCUAUUUGUCGUGCUUUAUUGUUUCCGACUUUGUUGAGAAGCACAGGCAAAUUAACACCCAAGGAAUUGGUGAAGAAUUCACGAUGAGAGUUUUUGCCAGUCCCGAACAAGUUAGUAAAGUUGAUUUCGCAUUGGAUUGUGGAGCCAGGAUCACAGAGCAUUAUAUUCAAUACUUCAAAGUUGAAUACCCGCUCCCUAAAUUGGAUAUGGCUGCUAUUCCUGACUUUGUUUCGGGUGCAAUGGAAACCUGGGGAUUGGUUACAUUCCGUGAAACUUCUUUGCUCUACGAUAAGGAAACAAGUUCUACAGUAAAUAAGCAAAGAGUGGCGAGUGUUGUUGCUCACGAAUUGGCUCAUAUGUGGUUCGGGAAUUUAGUGACCAUGAUGUGGUGGAACGAUUUGUGGCUAAACGAAGGCUUCGCCAGUUAUAUUGAAAAUAAGGGAGUCAAUUCAAUAUUUCCCGAAUGGAAAAUGGAUGACCAAUUCAUUAUUGCAACUGUUCACGGUGUCCUCAGUUUAGAUGCAACAUUAGGUUCCCACCCAAUUAUCCAGAAAGUAGAAAAUCCUGAUCAAAUUACGGAAAUUUUUGACACUAUCACAUAUUCCAAGGGAUCUUCGAUUAUAAGAAUGAUGGAAGAUUUUCUAACACCAGAUGUUUUCGAAAAAGCUGUUACCAACUAUUUGAACGAAUAUAAGUAUUCAAAUGCUGUAACUGAUGACUUUUUGGCUGAAAUUGAUAAACUGGGUUUGGAAAUAAAUGUUAGUGAAAUAAUGCGUACUUGGACUGAACAAAUGGGUUUCCCUGUUGUUGAAGUUGAAAAAAUAUCUGAUGUUGAAUAUAAAUUAACUCAGAAACGUUUCUUUUCCAAUCCAGAAGAUUAUAAUGGAGAUUAUAAUGAUUCACCUAAUUUCAAUUAUAGGUGGUCCAUCCCAAUAACGUUCCAUACUGACAGAAGCUCGGUUGUAGAAAGAGGCUGGUUCUUCCAUGACGCCAAAGAAUUCACUAUUAAACUUCCUUCUGCUGUUAAAUGGAUAAAGUUCAAUAAAAACCAAGUCGGAUACUAUCGGGUCAACUAUCCGGAAGAAAUGUGGAAAUCAUUAGUUGAUCAGCUGGUUCAGGAUCCUGAUGUUUUCUCCAUUGGAGAUCGAGCAAGUCUUCUCAAUGAUGCUUUCUCCUUAGCGGACUCAACUCAAUUACCAUAUGAUACAGCACUUGAUAUAACCACAUAUUUGUCUAAAGAAUUGGAAUAUGUCCCAUGGAGUGUUGCAGCUUCUAAAUUGACUUCAUUGAAAAACACUCUCAUGUUUACCGAUAUUUAUCGAGACUACAUUACGUAUGCUCGAAAAUUGAUCGCUAGUGCCUAUGAGUCAGUUGGAUGGACUGUUGGAGAGGACCAUUUGAAAAACCGACUUCGUAUCACAACAAUUGGAGCAGCUUGCUCAUUGGGCUUGGAGGCCUGUACCACCGAAAUUUCUAAGCGUUUCAAUGAAUGGCUUGAUAAACCAAGCGUUCGUCCACAUCCCGAUUUAAGGGAGACAAUCUAUUACUAUGGCAUGGUAAACAGUGGAACCGAGAAGAAUUGGGAGAAAGUUUGGGAUCUCUUCGUCAACGAACUGGAUGCCAGCGAGAAGUCAAAGAUGAUGUAUGGUUUAUCUGGAAUUCAACUUCCUUGGGUCUUGAGCAGGUACGUUCAAUUGGCUUGGGAUGAAAAUUACGUUCGUGGACAAGAUUACUUCACCUGCUUGCAAUAUAUUGCUGCAAAUCCAGUUGGUGAGAGUAUCGUUUGGAAUUAUGUGCGGGAAAAUUGGCCAAAGUUGGUGGAUCGUUUUGGUUUAAAUGAAAGAUAUUUGGGCAGUAUGAUUCCUUCGAUAACAUCACGGUUCUCAACUCAAACUCAAUUGGAUGAAAUGCAAGAGUUCUUCAAUAAAUAUCCAGAAGCUGGAGCUGGUACAGCUGCUAGAGUACGAGCUCUAGAAACAGUUAAGAAUAAUAUCAAAUGGCUGGAAGAGAAUAAGGACAAAGUUGGAGAUUGGUUGAAAAAACAGGAAAAUUAUUCUUUAAAUAAUUUUGUUCUUAUUUCAAUAAGAAUAAGACUUAUUUCCAUAAAACUCAAUCUAGAAUUAUAUUUUAUUUCAAUAGUCCUCACGUCUAAGAAUUUGGCGAUAUUAUUCGGUGUUGCUGCAAUUGCAUUAGCUGUAUCAACUAUUGUUUUGGCUGUUCAAAAAGCUAAUGUACAAGACGAGCUUAAUGGGGCGUUAGAUAAACUUAAUAAUCAAGAGACUACUUUGGCUCCUGUAUCGCCAGGUCAAACUCCAACAGAUUCAACUUCAACAUCAACGAAAACACCAAAUUCAUCAUCUACGCAACCUGCUGAUCCGACUGCGUCAGAUCCAACUGACUUCCCGUGGCCGUCCUUGACAGAUACAACACCAACUUCAACCUCAACUACUCAAAAUCCAAACUUUCCAAAUCCUAAUGAUGUCAUCUUUCGCCUGCCCCAUCACGUACGACCUUGGCAAUACAAACUCUAUCUUAACCCUGACCUCCAAAAGAAGACUUUCGAAGGAACUGUGUCAAUUGGUCUUAGCAUCGACAAUGCGACCAAUCUAAUUGCUCUUCAUUCCAAAGACUUACAAAUCCUCGGAAUAAGUAUUCUAGAAGUUAUGGGGAGGAUGCGGAUCAGAGUCAAAGACUACUACACCGAUCCGGUGCGUGAAUUGCUGCUAAUUGAAUUCUAUGAAGUCCUCCAGCUCUUUGUCCCCUACACUUUGUCAAUUUCUUUCCGUGGAUCACUCGAGGGAUUGUCCGGCUUCUAUUCCAGCUCGUACACAGAUCCCAAUGGAGAACAAAUAAUUAAAAACAACCCACAAACAAAAAUGAAAUUCACCAAAAAACAACCUCCCCAUGGCCACAACAACAACCGCCAUUCCCUCUCAUCGGCCUCAGACAUAGCAACAGACAUCAUGUAUCCGCCAAUUCAACCCAAAAUCCCGCCAGUCCGGCCGAGAUCAAGUCUCUCCACGGACGAACAUCACCGUUUCCGAGAUGCCCAGAUCCACAGCCGGAAACGUUCCAACACAAUAUUCACCCUGAUCGGCUUCUGUGUGUUUUUGUUGGUUUUAGUUGCAUUCCUGUUGGGGGCGCUGGUGUAUGUAGGAAGAACUAUAGCUGCAACAGGUAUGUCAAAUGUGACAGUUCUCCUGGAGGAGGAUGACAUUUAUGGAGAACAAAAACAAAGCGGCAAAUUUUUAUUUUCCAACGAUUCUGUGAUAAAUCAAAAAACGAAACCAAUCAUUUUAUUCCCAUCCUCGAAUAAGAUUGAUAGAAAUAAUUUGAGCAACGGGAAACCCAAACACACAACAAUGCCCAGUUUGAGUGCGAAAGUUAUGUCGACGUCGAAGAUUCUCAAUCAAUUGGGCUAUCGGCUCCCGAAGGAGAUACGCCCCAAACACUACAACCUCUUCUUGAAUCCGGACCUCAAGGAGAAAACAUUCUCAGGGAAUAUCACGAUUAAGUUGGAGAUUUUGAAGCCUAUUCAGUUUAUUCCGGUUCAUGCCAAGAAGCUGUCAGUGGAAACGAUGGAAGUUUUGGCCUUGUCGACUGGAGAUGCGGAGCCCCAGAAAAUAAAACCCUCUCUGACGUUCCAGCAUCCUCAGCUGGAGUACUGGGUGACAGAGUUUUCUGAUCCCCUGAAGGAGGGCAACUACUCGUUGAAAUUGAGGUUCAAUGGCAGCCUGACAGACCGAAUUGUUGGGCUCUACCAGAGUUCGUACAAGGACAAGGCGACUAAUGAAACUAGAUGGAUGGCUACAUCGAAAUUCGAGCCGACUUAUGCCCGUCAAGCGUUCCCCUGCUUCGACGAACCAGAUAUGAAGGCUUUCUUCGAAGUUACCCUGGUGCAUCCAACCGACGGAGGCUACCAUGCCCUUUCGAAUAUGAAUGAAGUUAAACAAACUGUGAAAGGAAAUGUCACUGAAGUAGUCUUCGCUGACAGUGUCCAAAUGAGCACCUAUCUGGCUUGUUUCAUUGUCUCUGAUUUCCAUCAUAAAAUGAAGAAAAUAAACGCCGCCGUGGGAUCAGAUUUUGAUAUGCGUGUUUUUGCCACAGCGGCACAGAUGGAGAAGGCAACCUAUGCACUGGAUACAGGAGCCACUAUAAUUGAGCAUUAUAUCAAUUAUUUCAAUUUGGCUUAUCCUCUUCCUAAAUUGGAUAUGGCAGCUAUUCCUGAUUUUGUGUCAGGUGCAAUGGAACAUUGGGGCUUAGUUACGUUCAGAGAAACUGCAUUGCUCUACGAUAGCAAUACCAGUUCUAGUGCAAACAAACAGCGUGUGGCGACAGUUAUCGCUCAUGAGUUGGCUCAUAUGUGGUUUGGAAAUUUAGUAACAAUGAAAUGGUGGAAUGAUCUUUGGCUAAACGAAGGAUUUGCCUCUUAUAUUGAAUACAAAGGUGUCAAUAGCGUUCAUCCCAAUUGGAAAAUGCUGGAUCAAUUCUUAACCGAUGACUUGCAUGGUGUCCUCAAAUUAGACGCCACCUUGGCAUCUCAUCCAAUUGUUCAAACUGUUGAAAGUCCAAAUCAAAUUACAGAACUCUUUGAUUCUAUAACCUAUUCGAAAGGUGCUUCAGUUAUUCGUAUGUUGGAAGGAUUCGUCGGAGAAGAUGUUUUCAAAGAAGCUGUUCAUAAUUAUCUAGAACGAUAUCAGUUCAGUAAUGCGGAAACUGAUGAUUUCUUUAGUGAAUUUGAAUCCUUUAGUUUGGAUUAUGAUGUCAAGCUCAUCAUGAAGACUUGGACAGUUCAAAUGGGUUUCCCAGUUGUUGAAGUGUCGAAAGUUACACCAACUCAGUUGAAACUCACCCAAAAGCGUUUCUUCUCGAAUCCAGGAGACUACAAUGAAACUUAUUCAGAUUCAGAAUUCAACUAUCGUUGGACAAUUCCAAUUACAUACACAACCAGCGCCAAUCCGGUAGUUCAGCGAACCUGGUUCAACUAUGAUGAUUCAGAAAUUAUUAUUGACCUCCCUUCGGCUAUUGAUUGGAUUAAAAUCAACAAAGAUCAAGUUGGCUACUACCGCGUGAACUAUCCUCAAGAAAUCUGGGAAGAAAUCAACAAAGCCUUGCUCAACACACCAACUGCCUUUUCUGUAUCCGAUCGUGCCCAUUUGCUGAAUGAUGCCUUCACUUUAGCCGAUGCCACUCAGCUUACAUUCAAAACUGCCCUCGAUUUGACGAAGUUCCUUCAAAACGAAUUGGAAUACGUUCCAUGGAAUGUGGCCUCAUCGAAAUUACUCUCUAUGAAGAACCUCCUUUACUACACCGAUGUAUUCAAAGACUUUAGGAAAUAUGCCAGUGGAUUAUUAAAUAAAGCUUAUGAGAAUGUUGGUUGGGAAGUCGAUGAAGCUGAUCAUUUGAAAAAUCUUCUUCGUGUGUCCAUCUUGGAUGCUGCCUGUUCGUUUGGUCAUGAUAAAUGUCUUCAAGAAGCAGGAUCUAGAUUCACAGCUUGGUUAAGUAAUCCAAGUGUCAGACCAAAGCCAGAUCUUAGAAGUAUCAUUUACCUCCGUGGGAUGUCUGUGGCUGGAAAUGAGGAGACUUGGCAACAAAUGUGGGAUAUAUUCAAAGCCGAGACCGAUGCCAGUGAGAAGGCAAAAUUAAUGCAGGGACUUUCAGGAAUCAAAGAACCAUGGAUUUUACAAAGAUUCAUUGAAUUGGCUUGGGAUGAGAAUAAUGUUCGUGGACAAGAUUACUUCACCUGUUUGCAAUAUAUCGCUCGAAAUCCAGUUGGUCAAAGUCUGGUGUGGGAUUAUGUGCGAGAGAACUGGGAAAAGCUUGUGGAACGCUUCGGGAUCAAUGAACGUUAUUUGGGAAGAUUGAUUCCCGCAAUUACUGGUCGCUUUACAACCAAUCAAAAACUAGAAGAAAUGGAAAUUUUCUUCGCUAAAUACCCAGAAGCAGGAGCUGGAACAGCAGCCCGCAAAGAAGCCCUAGAAAAUGUUAAAUACAAUAUUAACUGGUUAAAGGUUAAUAAGAACCAAAUUGCCGAAUGGUUGGCAAGUAAUAAUUAAUGGAAAUGCAUUUGAGAACAAACAACACACCACAAAAAUAUUGAUCUGAAUUUUAGUUUUAACUUUUAAAGAACAAAAAUGUAUAUUGCAUAAUUUUUUAAGCUAAAUUAUAGCUUUUUCUUUCGUUGUGCCUAUGAGUUUUAUUUUUGAUUUUAAAUAUUAUUUGAAUGAAAUAAACAAUUCUAUGAAUUAUAUUGAAUUUGAA